AUGAGAGUCGGUGAGGCCUUGCAGGCUGUCGUGGCAAUGGACGGAGAUCUCAAGAAGGAUUUGAAGAAAGUUAAGGAGGAGAUUAAGAAAGGGAUUAAAGAUGUGAUUGAGGAUUUGAAUGUUUUGAGUUUGGAUACGAAAGUGAAAGAGGAUUUGCAGGCGUUGAGGGGGAAGAUUGAGAAGCUUGCUAAGGAUGUGGAUCAAAAUGACCAAAAUGUUCUUGUUAGUGGUGCGUUGGCGGCGCUUAAAAGUCAGAAGAAAACACUUGAUGAGGAACAUGUUAACAAGAUUAAGGACGAGACGAAUACUAACCUUGAAAAGAACUUUAAUGAGCAGAUCCAACAGCCGCUUAGCAAGGCGGUCAGUGAUGUUGGCACGGCGAUUGGGACGCUUGGCGGGACGUUUGGUCUAGACAGAGAUGAUGAUAAGAAGAGUGUCGAAAAGAUUUUCAGGUAUAUUAAAGAUAAAGUUGCGGCAAUUAAGGGGAAUAAAGGAAACCAAAAUGGUUGGAAAAUUGAAAAUGCCACAGGUCUGACGGGCAUAGCACAGGGAGUGGAGCAUUAUUUUAAUUUUUUCAAGAGUGACUUCGGCCAAGCAGUCGGCGGCUGGGUGGACGGUAUUCUUGGCCAAAACGGUGUGGUUAAAAAGCUGCUUAGCUGGCAGGAUAAGCCGGCGGAUGGUAUGAAAAGUACCUUGGAGAACACUAAUCUCGGAGGCUUUAUUAGGUCUCCGAUUAAUUCCAAAGCUGACGAUGCCGCUACAGCGCUCAAAGGUGUUAAUGAUAACGCCGGCAUAACGCAAAAAAUUGAAGCCGUCAAAAAAGCCUGCGAAUAUUUCGCCAAUAAGCUUGAUGAGGCACUGAAGGAUACGAAAAGCGGUGUCCUUGCGAUGGUUAGCGAGGCUAAGAAUGCGUCGAAGGAUCGUCAAUAUAACAGCCACAGAACAUCCUUGCAAAGGUCCUUAGAGAAUGCAAACUGCGGAUGCGGAGACUGCAAAUCCAGCGGCGGCAAGAAGGGUGAAAAUUGCCUAAAAUGCGACAAGAAAGAAUGCAACCUCACGCAAGCCAUCGCCACUACCCUCGUUGCCGUGUCCUCGGUGAGCAGACAAGUUGGGAAGGAGCUUAACUCAGUGCUACUAGGCAAGGGAACCAAAGGCAUAAGCAUCGCAGAACUGUUGGAUCAAGCCAAAAAGGCGACUGAAGACCUUGACGGUCAGCUUACCGAUGCGACUGACUCGUCCCAAGGCACCGAUGGCAAAAGCCCCGCCCAAGCCGUGGACACUGCGAUCGGCGGAGUGAGGAAAAUGGUUGAGCAGGAGAUUACCAACAAGUUUAAUAAUGAAGUCAAACAACCACUUGCUGAUGCAGUUAAAGAACUUCCCGGCGCCGUUCAGGAGUUCGACCGCCAAGCUCAAACUCAGAUCAAGGAAGCGGCCAGGACGUAUUUAUCAAAGGCCUUGAGUGAUUGA